UGGUUAGCUGCUAGCUGAUGAUUGACACACAGAGACAGUGAUAAACCUUCUCAUGACAACUCCACAUCACCUCACAAGCUGCUGCUUCUCUCUCUCACUCACUGAUCCAGAAUCAGUCACUUCAUCAUUUAAUACGUGUCCAGCAGCCACAGAUGGAUUCCAGAUGUCCACAUGUCAGCAUACCGCAAGUGUUUGUAAUAAAUGUCUGUUUAUUGAUAUUACGUUUUUUGUUGAAUAAUGUGCAAUCUAUGGAUGAUAUUUUUGGUCUUAAUUUAAAGUCAAUGGGACAAUGAAGGUGAAAUUUGAUUCUCAGGUAUGAAUAUUUUUGAGGGUGUCUAUUUAAUGACAUCUUCCUGUAGCCAGGAGCAGGAGUAGACUAGUACCUUGUCUAGAUUAAAAAAGUGUCACUCUACAGAUUUACUAUUCAUUUUCCAAUUUCUUCUCAGGAGUAUGGCAAAGCAGACUGAUGACAUCAUGCUGUUGAAAGGUCACACCUUCACUGAAAAUACCUUUCAUCAUUUCUCAGAGAUGGAUCUAGACAGGAUCUAUAUGGACUACAAUGCUACUACUCCGCUGGAACCAGAAGUGACCCAGGCCAUUACUGAAGCCCUGCAGGAAGCCUGGGGAAACCCAAGCAGCAACUAUAUCGCAGGGGCCAAGGCGAAGGCAAUCAUCAAUCAGUCCAGAGAGAAUGUGGCAAGAAUGGUUGGAGGGAGAGCAGAGGACAUCCUUUUUACCUCAGGGGGAACAGAGGCCAAUAACCUGGUGCUUCACACUGCUGUAGAGCACUUCAGGAGAAACCGCCGAGCUGCAGAGCAAAGUGAAGGCCUUCCACACAUCAUCACCUCCACUGUGGAACACGACUCGGUCAAACUAGUAGCCGAGCACCUGCAGAGAGAGGGCAAGGCAGAUGUUACAUUUGUUCCCGUGUCUAAGACGACAGCCCGAGUCGAGGUGGAGGACAUCGUUGCGGCCGUGCGUCCCAACACAUGUCUCAUCUCCAUCAUGCUGGCCAACAAUGAGACAGGAGUCAUCAUGCCAGUCCAAGAGAUCUGCCAGAGAAUAAAAUCUCUCAACAAGCAGCACGAGCGUCUCAGGAUCCUGCUCCACACUGACGCUGCCCAGGCUCUGGGGAAAGUCGGAGUGGAUGUCUGUGAACUGGGAGUGGAUUACCUCACCAUAGUGGGACACAAGUUCUAUGCCCCUCGGAUCGGUGCUUUGUAUGUGAGCGGCCCUGGAACCAGAACGCCAUUGUACCCGAUGCUGUUUGGAGGAGGACAGGAGAGAAACUUCCGACCUGGCACUGAAAACACACCUAUGAUUGCCGGUCUGGGAAAGGCUGCAGAGCUGGUGACCGCUAAUCUGUCAGAUUAUCAGCGUCAUAUGCAAAGUACCAAACUUUACCUGGAACAACGACUGCGGGCCAUAUUUAAAGAUCGGAUCCACUUCAACAGCCAUUACCCCGGCUCUGAUAUCCUCCCCAACACAUGUAAUGUGUCUAUCCUGGGCCCAACAUUACAAGGCUGGAGGGUAUUGUCCAACUGUAGGAGGCUGCUGGCCAGUGUCGGAGCCGCCUGCCACUCGGACAGUGGGAACAGGCCUUCCCAUAUCCUCCUGAGCUGCGGCGUCCCCUCAGAGGUGGCAGCCAAUGCUUUGAGGUUGAGCGUGGGCAGAGGGACAACCAGGGAAGAUGUGGAUGCAGUCGUGGAGGAUCUGAGGAAAACCGUGCAGCUGUUGGAAGAAAUGAACUGAUGGACUUCUUGUGCACAAAGUAAAGUAAAUCCCGGAGGUCAAAUAAGGAUGUACAGGGUUAAACGCACACCACCUGUGCUUAUUGUUACUUGUGAAAUGGAUGAAAAAUUUAAUAUAAAUAAUAAAGGAGAACUUGAAGUGA